GGGGACACGGACGGGGGGACACGGACGGGGGGACAUUGGGGACAUGGGGACAAGGGGACGUGUCGGGAACACAGGGACGCGUUGGGGACAGGAGGACACGUCAGGGGGGUGAGAAUAAAGGGACACAUCAGGGACACAGGGACAUGUCAGGGACAUGAGGACAUGGGGACACGUUGGGGACAUGGGGACACAUCAGAGACACGGGGACAUGUCAGGAAUGUGGGGACACGUCGGGGAUAUGAGGACAAGGGGACACAUCAGGGACACAGGGACAUGUCAGGGACAUGAGGACAUGGGGACACGAGGACACAUCAGGAACAUGAGGACAAGGGGACACGUUGGGGACAUGGGGACACAUCAGGGACACAGGGACACAUCAGGGACACCGGGACAUGUCAGGGACAUGAGGACAAGGGGACACGUUGGGGACAUGGGGACACAUCAGAGACACGGGGACAUGUCAGGAAUGUGGGGACACGUCGGGGAUAUGAGGACAAGGGGACACAUCAGGGACACAGGGACAUGUCAGGGACAUGAGGACAUGGGGACACGAGGACACAUCAGGAACAUGAGGACAAGGGGACACGUUGGGGACAUGGGGACACAUCAGGGACACAGGGACACAUCAGGGACACCGGGACAUGUCAGGGACAUGAGGACAAGGGGACACGUUGGGGACAUGGGGACACAUCAGGGACACGGGGACAUGUCAGGAAUGUGGGGACAAGGGGACACGGGGACACAUCAGGGACAUGAGGACACGGGGACACAUUGGGGACAUGGGGACACGUCGGGGACACGAGGACACAUCAGGGACACAGGAACACGUCAGGGACAUGAGGACAUGGGGACACGAGGACAAUGGGACACAUCAGGGACAUGAGGACAUGGGGACACGAGGACAACGGGACACGUCGGGGACACGAGGACAAUGGGGACACGAGGACAAUGGGACACGUCAGGGACACGAGGACAUGGGGACACGAGGACAAUGGGACACAUCAGGGACACGAGGACAUGGGGACACGAGGACAAUGGGACACAUCGGGGACACGAGGACAUGGGGACACGAGGACAAUGGGACACGUCAGGGACACGAGGACAUGGGGACAUGAGGACAAUGGGACACAUCAGGGACACGAGGACAUGGGGACACGAGGACAACGGGACAUGAGGACAUGGGGACACGAGGACAUGGGGACAUGGGGACACGAGGACAUGGGGACAUGGGGACACGAGGACAAUGGGACAUGUCAGGGACAUGAGGACAUGGGGACACGAGGACAAUGGGACACAUCAGGGACACGAGGACAUGGGGACACGAGGACAAUGGGACACAUCAGGGACAUGAGGACAUGGGGACACGAGGACAACGGGACACGUCGGGGACACGAGGACAAUGGGGACACGAGGACAAUGGGACACAUCAGGGACACGAGGACAUGGGGACACAUCAGGGACACAGAGACACGUCAGGGACACGAGGACAAUGGGGACACGAGGACAAUGGGACACGUCAGGGACACGAGGACAAUGGGGACACGAGGACAAUGGGACAGGAGGACAAUGGGACACAUCAGGGACAUGAGGACAUGGGGACACGAGGACAACGGGACACGUCAGGGACACGAGGACAUGGGGACACGAGGACAACGGGACACAUCAGGGACACGAGGACAUGGGGACACGAGGACAACGGGACACGUCAGGGGCACGAGGACAUGGGGACACGAGGACAAUGGGACACGUCAGGGGCACGAGGACAUGGGGACAUGAGGACAUGGGGACACGAGGACAACGGGACACGUCAGGGACACGAGGACAUGGGGACACGAGGACAAUGGGACACAUCAGG